UUUUGCUGAGAGCUGGAAUGAGAUGCAUCACUGCUUAUCAUGGAAGAAUUGGGGGGAAAUUCUUGGUGGUUCGAUCGCUUUCUUGCUCAACAUAUAGCAGUCUUUUAUUAUUUUAUGACAGUGUUCAUGUAUGCUAUAAGCCCAAGAAUGGCAUAUCACUUUUCUGAAUGCGUGGAGAACCAUGCCUUUGAAACUUAUGACAAAUUUCUCAAGGCCCGAGGAGAGGAGUUGAAAGGGAUGCCUGCACCAGAGGUUGCUGUUAAAUACUAUACUGGAGGUGAUUUGUAUUUGUUUGAUGAAUUUCAAACUGACAGAGUCCCCAAUACUCGAAGACCAAAAAUAGAGAAUUUGUACGAUGUGUUUGUGAAUAUCAGAGAUGAUGAAGCCGAACAUUGUAAGACAAUGAAGGCUUGUCAGACACCUGGAAACCUUCGGUCCCCUCAUUCUUAUCUGGAGGAUGACUCGGAAGAUGAGUCUGGUUGAGUCAUUUCUGGAGCCGAUUGUGAAGGAAUUGUAGAUUGUAUAUAGAACUCUGUUGCAUCUCCUCCAUCGAAGCAGACUUAAAACAGUUUAGAGAAAAAAGAAUGAAAUAUUCACUUGAAAUUACCAAUACUGGUAGAGUUGUAUAUGUAGAAACAAACAGUAUAGAUCAAAUGUAUUAUGUAUAUUGACAAUCAAUAAAUGCAGGUUGUUGAAAAUUCA